AUGCAUGCGUGCGAUGCGUUGGAAGACGCGCCGUCCGAGCUAGAGCCUGCUGAAAGAGGAGAUCUCAAAGUGCAACAUCUGGGAAGAACAGACCUUGAGCUCCUCCAUCACCACGAGCUCAAAUGGAAAGAAGCUACAAGGAGUGACCUUCAACAAGUGGAACAUCAGGCAUACAGUGAUCGUGUGUCGUAUCUCGCGGCGCAUGAGGACGUCCCCUUUGUGUAUGCAGUGACGAGCUUUGGUACCAGGGCAAGGAUGUGGACUUGCGAACCCGAUGCGACGUAUCUGGAACCGGGCUUCGGAUCUGGAGAGCUGGCUGAACCCUCGCAAUAUAUCGAGGCUCAUUCCAGCGAAGCAACCGAGUUACGAAAGGGAUAUGAUCGUAUGAAGAGAGAUUUCCACCAGUUGCACGUCGGGGUAUUGAGAUUGGGGAGAGAUCUCCAGAAUCAUCUCGCCGCGAUUAGCUCCAGAGGAACCCACUUGGAGCGUCGAGAAGAUGGUGAAGUUGGAGUAUACUACCAUGGACCACCGUCUGCAGGAAUGGUCGUUGCUCCUAGCCCGAAAAUCCGAAUAUUCCUGACACGUAUCUCGUCAAAGGAUACUGCAACUCGACAUUCACCAGUCCGAAGCCUCCCCUUGAAUUUUCGAAGGUUCUCUCGUCCAUCGUAUCGAUUGCUGACCAUUGAGACGUACGAAGUGCCGCGGAAGCACAACCUCUUCAGAUAA